AUGGCAGGAGAGCCACCACCCACCUUGCUACCGGUCACCUGCCCAAGCCCAGCCUCCUGGGCAGGAGGGCCGAAGGCAGCCAGCUGCCAUGCCCUGCACAGGCAACACCUCUUUGCCUCCCGGAGCUGGCAGGAGCGCAGCAACCGGAGCACCCCGCCGCAGGGAGCUGGCACAUUUCCUGUCAUGGUGGACGAGAGGCGUGAUGGCAGCCUGCUUGUGCACCUGGGACCCAACCUGCAGGCCCACCCGGAGGAGGUGCUCCGGCAGCGGCGGGGGCAGCACGGGCACCCGGAGGAUCUGCCCGGCAUUGGCUCGCUGGCAGGUGCCUUCAAGGAGACGGGAGCCCUCGACUUGCUGAUGGAGAUGCUGUGCCACAAGGAGCAGCAAAUCCGCCACAGUGCCGGCAAGAUGCUGAGGGCCCUGGCUUCGCAUGACGCAGGCAGCCGGGCCUAUGUCCUGCUGUCCCUGAGCCAGCAGGAUGGCAUUGAGCAGCACAUGGACUUUGACAGUCGCCACACCUUGCUGGAGCUGUUUGCUGAGACAAUAUCUUCUGAAGAGCAGUGUUGUGUGUCCUUCGAGGGCAUUCACCUUCCCCAGAUCCCCGGGAAGCUGCUGUUUGUCCUGGUGAAGCGCUACCUGUGUGUCACUUCUCUCAUGGACACGCUGAGCAGUGGCGCGGAGGAAGGAGGGGAGCGGCAGGGCUGCCCUGGGGCCAGCCUGGUCGCUGAGGAGAGGAGCCGUGUGAAGCAGGAGUUUGAGUUCAGCAUGGCCAUGGCCAACCUCCUCUUGGAGCUGGUGCACGUGAUGGGCUGGGACCACAGCCACGAGGCAGAGCUGGUGCCCCAGCAGGACCUGCGGCCUCGCACCACCCACUCCAUCUUCCAGCCCAAAACCCCAGCCUGCACCGCUGCCCAAAUGCCUGUGCUCACUUCAAAUCGUGGUCGUCGCAAAAAGCAGGGUGGUGCCUUCCUGACCCGGUCAGACUUCUCAGACCGCAGUGGCUAUGUGGAGUACUUACAGGCAAACCUGGUGCGCGGCACGCGGGUGCGCUUGCUGGAGGACUCUGGUGAUGUUAGAGCUGGGGAGGAAGGCGAGUUUCUUCAGAGCACUAACAGCAUGCACACAGCACAGGUUUUGUGGCAGUCAACAGGACGAACCUACUGGAUGUGUUGGCACAUGUUGGAGAUUAUUGGCUUUGGAGACCAGUGGGAAGAACCUGCUGCUCAGGAGAAAGAAUAUAGUCCAAUAGAGAGCUUUAAGCUAGACACAGUGGCGCAGCCGUUUUUCUGGAAGCUCUUUGGGGGUCUGUACUCCCUGCCUUACCUGGGGGAGCAGCCGGCCGAGGCUGCAGAGGCCCUGAGCCGUGCCGAGUGGUGGGAGCUGCUGUUCUUUGUGAAGAAGCUGGAGGCAGAGGAGCAGAAAGAGAUUGCCUGUCUCAUCCAGCAGGACCAGGGAGAGCAGCUGUCGGAGGUGGAUGAAGAAGCCCUGAUCCAGCUGUCGGUACCUGCGGAGCUGGCCCGGAAGGUGCUGCGGGUCUUGGAGGAGCGGUGCCAGGGCAGCACUCGGCGUGACCUGCACGGCUCCCACGUCUACGCAAAAUACUUCCUCGAGAGGGGGACCGAGCAGGGUGGCGGAGGGAGCACUGGGGUGUCCCCGGAGGGUGCCAGCUGCAGGAGUGCUGGCCCUGAAGGCCCGACGGCGAAGGAAGACCUUUCGGCAGCCCCCGCUGCAGCGGCGAAGUCGGAUUCCGAGCUGUUCAGCGAGCUCCUUGCGAGCGAAGGGCUGUUCUUCCCAGAGGUGACAGAGGAGCAGGCCAAAGUGCUGGGCAGCUCCGAGGGGCUGAGCGAGAGGGGCUCGCUGGCCAGGAUUGGAGCCGUGGUGGACGUGAUCCAGAGCAGCAGCUCAGAGGUGGGGCUGCGCUUAGCCGGGCUGAAGCACAUCGUGAAGAUCCUGGAGGAGGAGCCUGAGGCCGAGCAUCAAGCCCUGAAGGUGCUGGUGGGAGCUGUGGCCGACGAGCCCGGAGGUGCCGGUGAGAAGCCCUUGCCCCUGAGCCAUGCCGACGCGCAGAUGAUGCGGGAGAUCUUUGCCAGCAUCGGCUCUGCCUCCAGCGAGGGCUCGGCAAGCCUGCUGAGUGCCAUCCCCGCUGCCAUGAGCACCAUGCAGAGCGUCCCAGGGAUAGAGCUGGUGCUGGGGCAGAUAGAGGAGCACCGCCGGAGCCAGCAGCCCAUCAGCAUCCCAUUCUUCGACGUCUUUCUGCGCAACCUGUGCCGAGGCUCCAGCGUGAAGAUGAAGGAGGACAAGUGCUGGGAGAAGGUGCAGGUGUCCUCCAACCCGCACCGGGCCAGCAAGCUCACGGACAGGAACCCCAAGACGUACUGGGAGUCAAACGGCAGCAGCGGCUCCCACUUCAUCACUGUGCACAUGCAGCGUGGAGUGGUGGUCAGGUGGGCCGGGGCCGGCAGGGCCAGCGGCGUGCGGGGAGGAGGGGGCUGGCUGUCUGUCUGCCUGCAGGUGACCGUCCUGCCCUCGGACAGCAGAGUGAUCCUGCUGGAGAACAUGACCCGCUUCUGGCCCAUCAUCCAGAUCCGGGUGAAGCGGUGCCAGCAGGGUGGUAUCGACACACGCGUGCGUGGCAUCGAGGUGCUGGGUCCCAAGCCCACGUUCUGGCCCAUCUUCAAGGAGCAGCUGUGCCAGCGGACGUUCCUCUCCUGCACUGCUCGGGCCCGUGCCUGGUGCCAGGAGAUCUGCCAGGACCGGGGGCGACUGCUGCAGCUCUUUGCUCCGGGUGUGCUGCGGCUGAACCAGGCAGCCCUGGCCUGUGCGUCCGGCCGCCACCUGAGGCUGCUGCCCCGGCAGAGCUACCUGCGGGCAGAGAGGGCUGAGGUCAGCGCCCUGGAAAGGAAGAGGAACGUCCUCUGCUGCCUCAUCACCCGCAUCCUCAAGGUGGAGAAGCAGCUCCACAUCGACAACCUGGUGUUCAGGGUCCAGGAUACUCUGAGCAUCCCGGAUGAUGUUGCUCGGCACCUCCUCAUGCACUGCAGGUGGAAUGUGGAUUUCCUGAUCCAGUGCUAUGUGGAGAACCAUGAGACCCUGCUCAUCUCCUCGGGGCUGCAAGUGCAGGAUGCCCAGCCCCCCCCAAGCCCAGGAACACACUGCCCAGUCUGUGUGAACCAGCUGUGUCCCACUGAGAAGCCACCAACUCUCUGCUGCAUGCACUACUGCUGCAAGCUCUGUUGGCGUGAGUAUCUCACAACUCGCAUUGAGCAGAACAUGGUUGUCAACUGCACCUGUCCCAUAUCUGAGUGCCGUGCACAGCCAACUACAGCCUUCAUUCGUUCCAUCGUUUCCUCUGAGGAGAUUAUAGCUAAGUAUGAAAAAGCCCUCCUCAGAGGCUAUGUUGAGUGUUGCUCCAACCUGACAUGGUGCACCAACCCUCAGGGCUGCGAUCAGAUCCUCCUUAAGGAUGGACUUGGUUAUGGGGUAGCCUGUUCCAAGUGCUCCUGGAUAUCCUGCUUCAACUGCAACUUCCCAGAGGCCCACUAUCCUGCCAGCUGCAGCCACAUGUCUCAGUGGGUGGAUGACGAUGGGUACUAUGAGGGGAUGACAAGUGAAGCCCAGAGCAAACAUCUGGCUAAGCUCAUUUCGAAGCACUGCCCAAGCUGCCAGGCUCAGAUAGAGAAGAAUGAGGGGUGCCUGCAUAUGACGUGUGCAAAGUGUAACCAUGGCUUCUGCUGGCGUUGCCUCAAGCCCUGGAGGCCGACUCAUAAGGAUUAUUACAACUGCUCCGCUAUGGUGAGUAAAGCAGCUUGGCAGAAGAAGCGUUUUCAGGAUUACAAUGAGAGAUGCACCUUUCAUCAUCGUGCAAGGGAAUUUGCCGUGAGUCUGAGGAACAGGGUUUCUUCCAUCAGAGAGAUGCCAAAAAUUAGGACUUUGACCUUUGUUCUUGAUGCCUGCAAAGUGCUAGAACAGGCACGGAAGGUGCUGGCCUACUCCUGUGUGUACAGCUACUAUAACCAGGACACUGAGAGCAUGGAUAUUGUGGAACAGCAGACUGAGAGCUUAGAGCUGCACACUAAUGCUCUGCAGAUCCUUCUGGAAGAAACCCUGCUGCAGUACCAGGACCUGGCCUCUUCUCUUCAGCUCCUGAAAGCAGAGCAUUUCAGUGCUGGUUUGGAGUUGGUACACCAGAUCAAGGAGCGUCUCUUUGCAAUUCUCUGGCACUCCAUGCAGGACUUCCACGUUGGGCUCCAGACUUUGGCAGAUCCUGGUCAGAGAAAGGUGAAACUCUCAAAUGUGCCUACCUCAGCCCCUGCCUGUAUAGGGCCAAAACGUACCAUCUUGUGUGACUCCCCCAACACAGACGAAGGUGGCAAAGAGGUUGAAGAUGAGGAGUAUGAACCGCAGUGGCAGGAAGACUAUGAUGACGAUGACGACCUUGAUGAAGACAACUUUCUGUUCGAUGAUGACUCGGAUAACCUUGACUGUGACUCCUACUUUGAUGAGGAUGAUGCCUAUGACUAG